GAAUUAGUUUUAACUUAUUUCCCUGUAAGAGGGAGAGCAGAGCCCUUGCGACUCCUACUUGCUGACCAGGGAAUUUCCUGGACAGAGGAUGAGGUCCAAAUGCAGGAUUGGGUCUCAGGCAAAAGAGAUCUGAAGAAAAAUGCCGUCUUUGGGCAACUGCCUUGUUUUCAAGAUGGAGAUUUUGAGCUUUACCAAAGCAGCACCAUUCUGCGAUAUUUGGGGAGAAAAUAUGGGGUCGCUGGCAGCAAUGAGCAGGAGAAAACAAUUAUUGAAAUGAUGAAUGAUGGAGUGGAGGAUCUCAGAAUGAAAUACUAUAAGUUUCUGUUCAUAGAUAAUGAAGCAAACAAGGAUAAGUACCUGGAGGAACUGUCUAAGCAGCUGGGUUAUUUUGAGAACAUUCUGUCAAAAAAUGCAAAUGGAACCAAGUUCCUGGUAGGAGAUGGGAUUACAUAUGCUGACUAUAACCUUGUGGAUACUCUGCAGUGCAAUCUAGAUUUUUCUCCAACAUGUCUGUCUGCUUUUCCACUAAUGUCAGCUUAUGUGGAGCGAGUUCUCAAACGAUCAAAACUCAGCGAAUAUUUGAAAUCUGAUGGACGCAAGAGACGACCUAUCACCCCUAAGCACAAGUGA